UCCCAUUUCUGACGUCACGGAUACAAAGUUGCGCAUGCGUCUCGAGUUCCGAACUCGCGAUCUCAGGGGCCGUUCACCAAGAUGGUGAACGUCUCGCGCCUUGGUUUAAUACUCUCACUCGCGCAAGGCUGCGCCACCCUGUAGAUACCUGUCAAGUAUUAGGUGCGUGUUUUUGAAACGGUUUUCGUCCUACGUACUUUCGGUGAACCGCUGCUAGCCUAGGAUUUUUAAUGUUAAGUGCAAAAAGGGCUCGUGCAUUUGUGCCCUUGAUUGUGCUGCGAGUGCAAAGUGUGCGUGUAUAAUAAACAGAAAAGUGAAAAGAUAAGAGUGUAAUUCAACGAAACACAAGUGUCUGUAUAAAUAUACGAUUAUAUAAAUAUCAAGAUAAAAAUUCGUCGAUAUUUUAUACCGCGUGUGAACAGACACUGUUUUGUCUAAUUCGUUCAAAGAGUCUAAUAAUAUGGUAUCAAAUAAGGAUCGAGACCGUUGAGAGCUGUCUUUUGAUUUUUUUUUUUGUUGUUUUUUGGCAAAAUUUUUUCUACGAUGAACGAAGCGAUCCACAGAGCAUUUGACUAGGGCCGCUGACGUGGUCUCGCCGAUUACAUUAUAGACAAACAUAUGAUACCAUAUUGGAUCGGGGGCAACGGAAAUACGAGGAUCGUUUCUCCGCUGGUGGCUAGAGCGGUGGUCCUGCUGGUGGUGCUGCUGUUUCUCCUAGUGCUUCUGUCACCCGAAAGAUAAAAAAGAAGGAGGGUGGACUUGAGGAAGUAGGGAUAUAAAAAUUUGUCGACUGUUUGACGCGCUUGUUAAUUAAUUAAUCAAUAACGAGGACUCUCAUUGAUAUCGUGAUCAUGGUGUCUAGAAGAAAAAUCCUCUCCCGUUCGAGGGACAAUCUCGCCGACGCCCAAUACGAAGAGCAGGAGGAGGAGGACGUUUGGUACAAUUUGGACAAGCUUUACAAGGAUCACAUACAAGAAGUCUUAGACAAAUGGAAUCAGAUCGACGACGAGAUCUGGGCGAAAGUGAUUGUCUUCGAACGGAACAGACGGGUCGCUAAGGCCUACGCUAGGGCACCAGUUCUCACGGUGAACGGUUCCAACGACGGAUUCGAUGGUUUCAGGAUAGGACUCUGCGGAUUCGACAACCCGAUGAGGGAUCAGAAAACUGACGAGGCUAAACGCCACAUAAAUCAGGGUGUUAAAAUAAAAAUGGACGAUCAGGGAAAUAUACUUAUAAAACGGUUGUGCAAAAGCAACGUUUACGUCAAGUGCACGAAUCAAGAGGAUAAUGCCAUCGGGCCAGAAAUAUUGCGCAACUCGCAGGGCGCUUUGGAACACGAGAAACCAGGAAAGAUAUUUGACAUGAACAAAUAUCAAACAAACUUGUCGAGAGAAACGAGAAGAGCGUAUCCUGACAGACGCAGACUCGAAACGCAGUGCCUAAGUGCAAUAGUAUUUGUCAGAACCGAAGCCGACCUUCUACAAUGUCCAGUGUGGGUUUUGAUCGUAAACGUCGUCGGUCUGGACAUGCUCAAGUCAAAAUUACCACCAGUUCUAGCGCUCCAAAGACCGGUGGACAUUAAAAAUCGACCUAGAAUACCAAUUCCAGACGAAGAUCCUUACAGCGUAGCUGGGAUCUCAUCAUCGUCGUCAACGACGAAAGAAAGGCUCCAAUCCGCCGGUUCUAGGCUAGAACGUGAACAAAUCUACAUGCAAUCGACCAGCUAUCAGCAUCGUCGCGGUGAAAGACCGCCAAAACUUCCCCCGAGAGAAAAUCUCUACGGCCAUGACAUUCCCAAGCCCGACUACGAUGACAUUGAGGAUGACUAUGCGAGCGGCAUAAGACCUUCGCCGGUAAUAAAGGACGAUAAUAAGAAGAGUAAAAAGGUCGACAGUAAAAAAUAUGACGAUCCUUACUACUGCGGUCUCAGAGCACGAGUGCCAAAUUUUGUCAAAAUGGCAAAAAACGGUCACGCCAAAACGGCGGUGGUGCCACUAGCAUCAAAUUACGGACACGUCGGUAGACCUCAGCCACCCCCAAGCUACGUUGGAGCGGGUGGCUACGUCAGCAGUAGCAGUUCGUCGCAGAUUUACGGACACCACGGAACCCCGAGUCGACCCCCAAUAAUGUACCACGCCAGAAGUUUCGAGAGCGGACUCGGUACAUUCAGACGAGAGGAUUGAAUCACCGUAUAAUCACAUUUACGGCCGUGUACCAAUACCGACGAGAGGUGUUAUGCCACCAACGCCGCGUGCCAUGUACAUCGGAGAAUGGGAUUGAGAGAGGACGGAAAUAAAAAUGAAACGACAAUGGUGUUAAUAAUAAAAAUAAUUUUUUUUUAAAUAAACAGAAAGAAAAAGAAAAUCGAAAAAAAA